AUGUCAGAGAAACCUGGGCUUGUAAAAGCACUAUUGCUCCACUUCGUUGUGUACCGAAACAAAGCAGUUCUGGACCAGUUGCGAGCUGGGCUCAACAUUCUAGGGAUGAGGGAGGCCAUGUCCAAGUACAGUGAGAUUCUAAAACCAUUCUUUGUUGAAGGAAUGCAACCACCUCUUUCAGCAAAUAUGAUUAGGUCUCUGAUAGGUGACGUGCAUUUUUCAGAAUCUGGAACUUCUGAAUUAGUCAAAGAGAAAGCGUCGUAUAUGCUUUUUUUGGAUAUGUUGCAUAACAUACAAGAUGGAGGCAGCGAGUCAGGGUUGAGCCUAUGUCAGGUUCUAAACUUCUUCACUGGCAGUGACUACCCACCUGUUUUGGGCUUUGAUAGUCGAAACCCUGUGAGUAUUCACUUCAGCUCCACUUCAAACUAUCCCUUGGCCUCAACAUGUGCAUUGCAAUUAACAUUGCCAACCAAGUUUCAUGAUGAUGAACUCCGGUUUAAAGAAAACAUGGAGUAUGGAAUACUAAACCAUGGAGGUUUUGGAAUGUGCUAACACUAACAUUCGUGUAUUUUUCAGAUAUAAUCAGCUAUCAGUGUUUUUUCGAUUCACAUUCAUUACUACCAUGACAGUUUAAUGUUGGCAUCACAUAUGUAAUCACUUUUGUGCCUCAUCAC